AUUGGUGGAACUGUGGAGAGAACACAAUGCCUUUUCAAUGGGCGAGAUCGUUUUACAUGGCCCGGUGCCCCGGUUUAGUGGAUUUGUUGUUUUAGACCGUUUCAAGUGCAAGGCGAACUGUACCAAUAUUACAUCUGCUUCCCUACCAUGACAAACAAACAAAAGAACCCCCUGCAACUGGAUACUGACAUUUAUAAGGCACCCUUUCCCCGAAUCGAGAACGAAGACGUUGUCGCAAGAGCAGUGUCUCAGGUAUGGAUUGGAUAGCUGUGUUCACAUCCUUGGAGGCGGUGUGUAAGGAAAACAUCACUGCUCUGUCUGGGCCUCCUGACUUGCCAUAUGGCGACGUGUCCAGGCGCUUGGUGACAUGCAUGAGAAAGAUUCAGGACCAUGGUCGUGCCCUGGAACCUGUGGUUUCUGGCAUCACUGCAGUCUACCACCACUAUGACUUGGACUCUGAUACCCCUGGGAAUGGGUAUCGCACACUGGUCAAGGUGUUGAAGUCUUGCCUUCUGCACAUCAUCCACAUUGGCCGCUACAUUGCCUCUAACUGCCACAGGGCCUUCUUCAGGGCCGACCACAAUGCCUCAGAGAUGGAAGCCUAUGGCAGUGUCCUGUGUCAGCUACGGGCCCUCCUCUACAUUGCCCAGGGAAUGCUCCACGACAACAGUCCCGGGCAGCUGUACGGAGAGCAGGACGGAGAGCUGAGCAGGUGGUUGGUGAGGGAGUAUGCCUCCAUGCACAAGGCCUGCUUCUACGGCCGCUGCCUGGGCUUUCAGUUCUCAUCUUCCCUUCGUCCGAUCCUGCAGUCAUUAAUCAUAAGCAUGGUCUCGUUUGGAGAGAGCUACGAAAAACAGCAUUCCGGGUUAGGCAUGGCAGCAUUCUCCCUCCUUACCUCUGGGAAGUAUGUCAUCGAUCCAGAGCUGAGAGGAGAAGAAUAUGAGCGGAUCACCCAGAACCUGGACAUGAAGUUCUGGAAGUCCUUCUGGAACCUCACCGAAUCAGAGCUUGUAUCGGGCUUUGCCAGUUUAACCUCUACCCUAGUGCAGGUGAACCUCACCCUGACCAUACCCCCUGAACCGCUACUCCUCCCCCUGGUCUCAGACCCCCGUCUCUCUACCCCUGUGUCCCCGCCAGUGGCCCACUGGGGCCCUGGACCUAUCAACAUGCGCCUCAUCUCCUAUGAGCUUCGAGAAGGACAGGACAGUAAAGAGCUGCUAGCCUUCGCUCGUACAGAAGCUCCACCCAUUUCCCUGUCUUUAGUACCGUUUGGUGCCCAGAAGCGACCUCCUUCCCCCUGGCUGUUGAUCCACUUCCAUGGAGGAGGCUUCGUGUCCCAGACCUCCAAAUCCCAUGAGAACUAUCUGAAGAGCUGGUCCAAGGAUCUGAAUGUCCCCAUCCUGUCUGUGGAUUACUCCUUGGCACCUGAGGCCCCCUUUCCCAGAGCCCUGGAGGAGUGCUUCUACGCCUACUGUUGGGCCCUCAAGAACUGCCAUCUUCUGGGCUCCACUGCUGAGCGUGUGUGUCUGGCUGGGGACAGUGCUGGGGGGAACCUCUGCAUCACUGUGUCCAUGAGGGCCAUUGCCUGCGGUGUGCGCAUCCCUGAUGGAAUUAUGGCUGCAUAUCCUGCUACCCUGCUCACCAUUGAAGCCUCGCCCUCCCGCCUUCUCACCAGCUUUGACCUACUGCUGCCCUUAGGGGUGCUCUCCAAGUGUAUCAACGCCUACACAGGUGUAGACUCUGAGACGGUUCAGCCUACAGAGGGGAUCAGCACGUUGAGCGCUCUAGGUAGAGACACAGCCUCGCUGAUCAGUGACCUCUCACACGGGGCGUCCAAAUGGAUCCAGUCCUUCAUUCCCGCAGAGGUCCUAGGGUCAUGGUCAUCGUCUCACCGGAGGUCCUUGGACAACAAGGCCCACCAGAGAUCAGUGUUGCCAUGUUCACCCGACUCCUCCUCAGGCCCCAGGGACUACCCAGAAGGCUUUGAGCCCCUGCGCUCCGAGCGCCUGUCUGUGAUCCAGCCGUAUAGCUGUCCCACCGUCAAGAACCCAUUCGUGUCACCCCUGCUAGCCUCUGACGACCUACUGCGUGGACUACCACAUGUACACAUAGUGGCCUCUGCACUGGAUGCUUUGCUGGAUGACUCUGUGAUGUUCGCCAGGAAACUGCGGAAUAUGGGCCAACCAGUGACCCUAAGGGUAGUGGAAGACCUCCCACAUGGCUUCCUUAGCCUAUCGGGAUAUGCAGAGGAGAUAAAGGUGGCCUCCGACAUCUGCGUAGAGCGAAUCAGGGAGGUCUUCCAGCAGACAACUCUGCCUUCCUGUACUCGCAAGUGACCAAUGUUUGAAAGGAAUAAUAAUGGGGCUGACCAUUUGCCUAAUAAAACCAAGGGGAAAACUAGUUGUUGUCCUCACAAAAGUGAAAGAUAACACCCUUGCCUUUCUUGCAUCUUUCUGACUAGCACUGACUGAAUGCUGCUUUAUUGAGGAAAACAUUUUCUAAUUAUGAGUGAUAUUUGAAGUUACUGGUUAAAGAGCAUCUGCUGAGGGUGAUGUCAAUGUUCACAGUUUAGUGUUUUUUAGUCCAGGAAAGGGUCAUGUCAUUUGUAAUCAAUUAAAUGUCAUAUUGCCUAAGGUUUGAGAACAAUACUGACACAAAAAUGCAAUUUCACACAUUUUUAUUGAGUUAAAAACAAAAAAACACUUGAGUGUCAGAGGGCGAGAGAGACGUUGAGUGUCCUGGGAGGCUGUGGCUUUAGCGAGGGGCUUUGUGUGGGCUUAACAACCGUGUCUCCCUGUGACAGAAAAGACGACACGCUAGACACCUUCACCUCAGGAUUAUGGGGUAAACCUUCCCAUACCUGUGAGCCUCAGACAACAAUAACACAAUGCUGGGAUGUCCUGUAUACCCAACCGUAUACCCUACCAAAAAAAGCCGAUACCAAUUAAUCGGCAGAAUUAAAAAAAAUACAAAUACAAAUGUAUACAUAUAUUUGUAAUAAUGACAAUUACAACAAUACUGAAUGAACACUUUUAUUUUAACUUAAUAUAAUACAUAAAAUCAAUUCAAAUCAAAGUUUAUUUGUCACGUGCGCCGAAUACAACAGGUGUAGACCUUACAGUGAAAUGCUUAAGCAAUUUAGUGUCAAAUAAAUAAUGAAACCUGUUCAAUUUGGUUUAAAUAAUGCAAAAACAGUGUUGGAGAAGAAAGUAAAAGUGCAAUAUGUGCCAUGUAAAAAAGCUAAUGUUUAAGUUCCUUGCUCAGAACAUGAGAACAUAUGAAAGUUGGUGGUUCCUUUUAACAUGACUCUUCAAUAUUCCCAUUUAAGAAGAUUUGGGUUGUAAUUAUUAUAGGAAUAAUGACGCGUCGACUUUCUCUCUAUACCAUUUGUAUUUCAUAUACCUUUGACUAUUAGAUGUUCUUAUAGGUACUUUAGUAUUGCCAGCCUUAUCCCGGGAGUUGAUAGGCUUGAAGUCAUAAACAGCGCUGUGCUUCAAGCAUUGCUAAGAGCUGCUGGCAAAUUCAGUAAAGUGCUGUUUCAAUGAAUGCUUACGAGCCUGCUGCCGCCUACCACCGCUCAGUCAGACUGCUCUAUCAAAUCAUAGAUAUAAUUAUAAUAUAAUAAACACAGAACUACGAGCCUUUGAUCAUUAAUAUGGUCAAAUCCGGAUACUAUCAUUUCGAAAACAAAACGUUUAUUAUUUCAAUGAAAUACGGAACCGUUCUGUAUUUUAUCGAAUGGGUGGUAACCCUAAGACUAAAUAUUGCUGUUACAUUGCACAACCUUCAAUGUCAUGUCAUAAUUUUGUAAAAUUCUGGCAAAUUAAUUACGGUCUUUGUUAGGAAGAAAUGGUCUUCACACAGUUCACAACGACCCAGGCAGCCCAAACUGCUGCAUAUACCCUGACUGCUUGCACUGAAUGCAAGAGAAGUGACUCAAUUUCCCUAGUUAAUAUUGCCUGCUAACAUGCAUCUAUUUGAACUAAAUAUGCAGGUUUAAAAAUGAUUUUAAGUAAGGUAUUGAUGUUCAUGGUUAGGUGCAUUUGUGCAACAAUUGUGCUUUUUUUCGCGAAUGUGCUUUUGUUAAAUCUACCCCCGUUUGGCUAAGUUGAAGUAGGCUGUGAUUCGAUGGUAAAUUUAACAGGCAACGCUUUGAUUAUAUGCAACGCAGGACAAGCUAGUUAACCUAGUAAUAUCAUCAACCACGUGAAGAUAGUUUUUUAUAAGAUAGGUUUAAUGCUAGCUAGCAACUUACCGUGGCUCCUUGCAGCCACAAGGUCCUUUUGAUGCUCCACUCGCGUAACAGGUGGUCAGCCUGCCACAGUCUCCUCGUGGAUUGCAAUGUAAUCAGCCAUAAUCGGCAUAAAAAAAAGUCUUGAUUACCGAUUGUUAUGAAAACUUGAAAUCGGCCAUAAUUAAUCAGCCAUGCCAAUUAAUCGGUCGACCGCUAAUCUCUUGGUCACAGAUACCAAAAAAAAAAAAUAAUGGGCCUCGUGAUCUCUUUACGGUAUUCUUGUUCAUUCAAAUUGCCAUCAAUAAAAUGCAAUUGUUUGUUGUCUGUACCUUAUGCCUGCCCAUACCAUAACCCAAUUGCUGCCAUGGGGCACUGUUGUGAGGCCGGUUGGACGUACUGCCAAAUUCUCUAAAAUGAUGGAGGUGGCUUAUGGUAGAGAAAUUAACAUUAAUUUCUGGCAACAGCUCUAGUGAGCAUUCCUGCAGUCAACAUGCCAAUUGCACACUCAACUUGAGACAUCUGUGGCAUUGUGUUGUGAGUGGCCCUUUUAUUGUCCCCAGCACAAGGUGCACCUGUGUAAUGAUCAUGCCGUUUAAUUUGAUUCUGAUAUACCACACAUGUCAGGUGGAUGGAUUAUCUUGGCAAAGGAGAAAUGCUCACUAACAGGAAUGUAAACAAAUUUGUGCACAAAAUGAGAGAAUUAAGCUUUUUGUGGGUAUAAAAACUUUUUGGGAUCUUUUUAUUUCAGCUCAUGAAACAUGGGACCAACACUAAAACAUCUUGUGUUUUAUAUUUUUGUUCAGUGUAGUUGCUUAUAUCUUGUGUGCCCGAUGAUGCCCCUCAUCCCUUAUUCUGUACUGGGCUUGCAAUAUCAAGUGUGCCAAGUGUGAUCUCAAUAAAAUGAUUCAUCGUCUA